AUGCCCUUCAGCAUGAUCAGAUCAGUGGAGGGCUGCUGGUACUUUGGAGAUUCUUUCUGCUCGUUACACUCAACUUUUGACAUUUUCCUCUCAAAUGUUUCAAUAUUUCACCUGAUUUCCAUUGCGGUUGAUCGAUACCAGGCAGUUUGCAAUCCUCUGCGGUACCAUGACACAGUGACCAUUGCUGUGGCUUGGCUGAUGGUAGCGUUGAGCUGGGCUGCAGCUGCUUCUUACUCCUGUGGUCUCCUUUACUCUAAGGGCAGUGUGACAAGCCUAGAUGGAUACAUCACUUCCAUAAAUUGCUUGGGGAGCUGCAUCCAUCUGUUUAAUGUGCUAUGGAGUACCCUAAACACUCUGAUUGUAUUUUUCCUGCCAUGUUCAAUAAUUGUUGGCCUUUAUGCUAAAAUAUUUCUGGUAGCCAGACAACAUAUCAGACAGCUUGGAGGUACCAGUCAGCAGCCACGUUUUAAACAAAGAAAUGGGAAGAGGAAAACUCACAGCUCAGAGCGAAAGGCUGCAAAGACCCUUGGCAUUGUUGUAGGCGCCUUCAUACUCUGCUGGAUGCCUUUCUUUGUCACCUCUAUAAUCGACCCCUAUAUUGACUUUGUAACUCCUCCUGUUCUUUAUGAAGUGUUUUUCUGGCUGGGUUAUUUUAAUUCCACGUUAAAUCCUAUAAUCUAUGGACUGUUUUACCCGUGGUUUCAAAGUUCAUUGAAACUCAUUAUAUCUUUAAAGAUUUUUGCUGCACAUUCCUCAAAUACAAAGGUUUUUUCUGAAAGUUGA